UUUGACGGGUAUGGUACCAAUCGAGUGCACAUCGAUGACGUAGUUUGGUGCCUCCGUGCGUCGCACAUGCGAUGGUACCAAUAUUAUCGUGUGCUUAUCGCAUUAAAUAAGAUUGCCAUCCGUGUUUUUUUUAGUUAAGCGUAAUGAAUAAGAGCGUUGGUGCGGGCGUGUACUUCCAACAGUGAUUAUAAUUAGGUAAAAGACCGCAAUUACGACUAGAACAGUUGACAUUGGAGUAAAUAAGUACAGUUUUAAGGUCUUAAGAUUAAGAGACAGUUAAAUGAAAUUAUAACUCACAACUGAACAUACAAAUAAUAAAUGUCAACAUUAUGCCUCAGUGUGCAGUAAUUGGCUGUAACAGUACCCACAGAAGAACCAAAGGAAGGUCAAUCAAAUACCAUCGAUUUCCUGGCGAUAGUGGUAUAAGGAAUUAUUGGUUGAAUGCUUGUGGAAAGAAUUUGAAUAAUUAUUUGACGGCGAGGAUAUGUUCUAGACAUUUCAGUAAAAGUAAUUACGAAAGGGACGUCCAACACGAGAUUCUCGGUUUGCCGACCAGAUCCCGUUUAAAAAAGGGAGCAAUUCCAGAUCUAAACUUACCCAGGGAUUUUUUGUUAGAAGAAAAGCAAGAACUAAAUAGCGAAUUUGCUGUUCUAUAUGCAGUUGGGCUUGUUCCUGCAAAUAAAGCUGAUGACUCGGGAGCUGUGCCCGAAGAUAGAAAUAAAAUGCAGAUCAUGGAAGAAGUGAAAGAGGGUUCUGAAACGAAUUUACCAUCCUCGCCUGGUCAUGCCGACCAAGGCCAAAGCGAAUUUCAAGUGGUAGAAGUGAAAGCUGAAAAUACAAUGGAAAAUGGAAACUCUGAAGAAGCCGCUGAAAAAGAAAACAGUAUAACAAUGGAAGAGGUUGUCAUUAAAGAAGAGAAUAGCGACAAAGAAUGCGAGGAAGAACUGGAAAACAGGAUCGAGGAUAAUAGCAAUCAGAGUUCUUCAUCCGAAAGUUCAAAUAAACGACUGUAUGAUAAUGGUGAAACUUCUGUAAAAAGAUUGAGGACAGAUAUAGAGGAAAACUAUAAUACCCGAGAUAAAAUUAUGAAUGAACUUAUUGAAAUGGAAAGUUGUGACACUACAGAACAAAUACAAACUUUCAGUGAACAGAUUUUAUCAGAAAUUAAGACGUUAAAUGAGCUUAUAAAAGAAAAGGAAAGAGAAUGGAAUCACUUGCUUCACAUGAAGAAAUUAAAAGAAGAGCUCUUAAUCAGAUUGCAACGUAAAAAACAAACAGUCAUGUUUAAUGAGACUGAUCAAAACGACUUACAAUUAGAAAUAAAUGGUAACUAUAUAAUGGUUUUUCACAAAAAUCAAAUUUUUAUUGUUUUUUUUUUAGGACAAAGUCAAAUAAAAUCAAACCAAAAAGCAAACAUGUUACGAGAACUUAGAGUGGCGAAUUUAGAAAAACUAAAACAAAGACAUUUGGCAUUACAAGGUUCAAUCGCGCAGAAGCCUAUGUUAGAUGUUCAGUCAAUUAUAGCAGAAUAUAGACAAAGGCAUCCAGAAAAUGUGCCGCGAAGAGGCAGGCGAAUACGUCAAUCGCAACUUGAUAGCAAAAGUUUGAUGACAAACCAAAGAUCUGCAUUAGAAACACCUCUAGAAUCCAGAUUAUCUAGUAAUCUUAAUGGGUCCUUGGACGAUUCUCAAUCAUCAUUUCAAGGAUCUGGAAACUGUGGCGGCCCAGAACUAAGGCAUUAUAAGGACAUGUUGGUACAUGUCGAAAAACUGACUCAAACAGAAAAGUCUGAGCUGCAAAGGCAACUUCAGAAUGCAGUAAAACCCCCACCACCCUAUCCAGAAGUAACGGUACAUCCUGUCACUAGUACCAGUUCGGUUGCACCGACGAACUCCUUACUGCAUGGUAUAUUGACAAAAGCUCCAAAGAGACAAAGCAGCCAAGCGAAUGGUCAAAGUUCAGUAGCGGCGAAUGAUGACAAAAUCGCCUUUAGUCCUACCUUAGCGAGGUUACUAACGGCUCCAGAAAAAUCCAGUAGUAACCUUCUAACCUCGACUCCAAGUUUAAUGCUUGGAACUAGUCUAUCAAACCAAAGCACUCAAAUGUCUGUUCCUGAAAUGUUCCCUGGAAGCAAGGCGCGAAAUGAAAUAACCAUUACCCCUCUAGGAAAUGAGUAUGGCGUAGGAAAGAAAAUUGAUUCGGUGGAUGAUGAACUUGAAGACCAACCAGACCGUCUUGUUAUAGACGAAACCAAUGAUUCGAUUAGGCCAAAAGACGAAACUAUAUCAGAAGAUGGGGAAGAAGUUCCUCAAUGUCAAGGUUGUAACCAGAAAUCUGCACAAUUUGUUUGCGCUGGUUGCGGCAAUCAGUGGUAUUGUAGUCGCGAAUGUCAAGUAACAGCGUGGGAUGAUCAUUCGGAGGUGUGUUCCGGAUAAAUCACUUAAAAAUCGUAAUGAGAAACCGAAAUAUGUGUUCAAGAUAUAUAAAUUCGUAAGGAUAUCUCACGCUUCUUCAAACGUCAUUUCACUCCGCAACUGCACAAAGCUUUUUACCUUUUUUAGAUCAAGUGAUCGAUGAUCGAUUGUCUGUCAUUGUGUAGAUGCAGAUAUCUGUCAACUUUUUAAAAACGUAAAGAAAGUUUGGAAAUAGAACCAAACGGGAAAUACCUGUUUAAUUGCGAUUUUAAAGGUGAAAAUUAUUUGUUUUAUAGUGCGAGUGUACUACGGUUUUGGAAAAAUAAAAAUUCCUAACAGAUUAACCUGAGCGAAAAAUGGUAGAAAUAGAAGUUACACAUACUUAGAUCAAAAUAGCAGGAACUAAAUUUUCCCAAGAGCGGAGGGAUGGUGGUGAAAAAGAGUGUAAAACGGUUUUUCGACUUUUUUUUUUAAAUUUUAAGUUAAUUAGGUUUUCGAAAAAAAAGAUUUUUUUGGGUAUUUUUGGGUAUUUUUCAAGCUAUGCGAGAACCCUUUUUUUGAUGGUUUAGAUACUUCAUCCGGCGCUUAUUUUUUUUUGUAAAGACUUCAACUUUCAUAUGAAAUUAUAAAAUAUACCUCUUUAUGCAAAAAAAAUCGUUUAUUUUGCAAAAAAAAAGUACUGAUGUUGAUUUUUUCAGCAUACUGAAAAGAGUGUUAUUAUUCAUUGAAAUCCCUAUUAUAAAUUUAUACAAAAUAUAAAUAAUAGUGUUAUUUGUAAACUUAUGUUAUUAAAUAAUAUUCAUUCGUUUAAAAUAUGAAACGAUAAUUUAUUAAAAAAAAAUCAAUAAUAAUAAAAUUUUCAUUUAUUUAACACGUUAGCCGCCUAGAAUUAAUAGUAUUUCACUACAUGCCGCAUGUUCCGUUGGCUGUCAUAGGUAUUAGUUAUUUACAUGCCGCUUGGCCGCGCGCGGUCAUUAUCUGGCUUGACUUAAAACAUUUGUUGGUCGCUGGCGGACAAAUCCCUGUAUAAACUACUAUUAGUAGGAAUGGCUUGGCAAAUAACGAAUGAUACAGUCAUAACUAAUGUUAUUUUAGGUGCAUAGAGUAGUAAAAAUUAAAAAUAUUAAAAAAUGUAGAAAGCUUUCAAAAAAUAAACGUAUUUAACACCAAAGUUGCAAAUUAAUAGUAGACGUUUUUAAGACAAUCAAAAUUUAUUAAUUGCUUACAAACCCGUUUGAAUAAAAGAAAAUGGAAAAGAAAAAAAUAUAUAUUUAUAUGAAAGUAUCAAAAGUUAUUAAAAAACGCAAAUAAAAACAGGUAUUCCUAAAAAAAAUGGUUUGACGUCGCAAGUAUCACAAAAUGUGGUUACGUUCUUCGCUUUUGCGGCUUCAGCUGUUCCUCCGGCUGCUAAUAGCCUCUUGUAGCAUUCUAUACACCUCUUUCUAAUCUUUCGAUUCCUUUUACAUUUGUCUAUUGUUUCCUUCAUUAUACAGGGUGUUUGGUGCAUCGUGUGCCAAACUGAAUUCAGUGAUUGGGGAGGUCUUUGGCUACCUCUUCAGCCCUCAUAAAAAAAUCUUGCUCAAACAGAUUUUUUUAUACUGGGUUUUAAUGGUUUUGAGUGAACAUUUAUUUAAAAAACAUUCAAAAUUUAAAAGUUGUUAACUUUUACUAAAUUUUAUUUUCGACCUUUUAUUUGCAAUGUUUGACGCUUCUUUUGAAACUAAAAUUACCCGCCAGCGACAUCUAGUUUUUUUUUACAGCGCUG